CUUUCCACCUCAUUCAGCACAGUACUCCACUGGUCUCGCUGGGAGUGAACUCAUUUUAGUUACGCGGUGUGUUCCGCUGUCAGAGGUUUUUAUUGCACAACAUCGCUGUUGUUUGUAGCUGCAUAGGUCGGAUUUUAACGGGAAAAACGACUUUCGGUUGUUUAUUUUAUGUUCAUCGAGCUUUGUUUUAGUUUAGAUUUGAAUCCGAUUUUAUAUUGCAUAAUAUUUAAAAGUAAUGGGGGGACUCCUCCACGAAGAUUUGGCAUCCUUGUCAGAUCUCGAUGAACAAAGUUUGCUGGAGUCGCUGAGCCAACGGUUCAAACAAGAUCGUAUAUAUACCUACAUUGGGGACAUCUUGGUAGCCAUAAACCCUUUUAAAUACCUUCCUUUUUAUGAGAAAGAGGUAUCAGAAAGAUAUAAAUGCCAUGAAAAGACCAAACUACCUCCUCACAUAUUUGCUGUGGCAGACAGAGCCUACCAGUCAAUGCUAGGACGUUUGAGCACAGGACCCCAAAACCAGUGCAUUGUAAUCAGUGGGGAGAGUGGAGCUGGAAAGACAGAGAGCACCAAACUGCUCCUCAGACAGAUCAUGGAGCUGUGCAAAGCGAACUCUCAGCUGGAGCAACAGAUACUACAGGUGAAUCCCCUUUUAGAGGCCUUUGGCAAUGCUCAGACUGUGAUGAAUGACAACAGCAGUCGCUUUGGGAAGUACAUCCAGCUACGCUUCCACAACUCAUCAGUAAAAGGAGCUAAGAUCAAUGAGUACCUCCUGGAGAAGUCUCGCGUGGUUCAUCAGGAUGAGGGCGAGAGGAACUUUCAUAUCUUCUAUUGCAUGCUGGCCGGCAUCUCCCCAGACGACAAAGAAAUGUACGGACUCCUUGACCCCACGCAGUACAGGUAUCUGAAUGGCCGUUAUGGCUCCGAAGACACGGUGAGGACAUGGGGGGAGAAGUACAGAUACCUGUGUAAUGCCAUGGACAUGGUGGGAUUUGAGGAACAGGAGAAGGUGGACAUGAUGACCAUCCUGGCAGGCAUCCUGUCUCUGGGAAACAUCAUGUUUGAGCCCACGGAGACUGAUGCCCUCAAGGUCACUGAAAAGUCCAUGGGUUGGCUCAAAGCCACAGCUGGUCAGUUUGGGGUGCAGGAGGAGGAGUUGCUGAGGAGUCUGAUCUGUACUCUGUCUGUGACGAGGGGAGAGGCCAUCCGAAGACUCCACAACCAGCAACAGGCUGAGGAUGCCAGGGAUUCCAUUGCCAAAGUGGCUUAUGGGAGAGUGUUCGGCUGGAUUGUCAGUAAAGUUAACGAACUGCUAGCUCCUAAUGUUGAUUUGGACAUUGAGCUUAAUGAAAUAGGUAUCCUCGACAUUUUUGGAUUUGAAAAUUUUGCUGUGAACCGUUUUGAGCAGCUCUGCAUCAACCUGGCCAAUGAACAGCUGCAGUACUUCUUUAACCAUCACAUUUUCCUGAUGGAGCAGAAUGAAUACAAACAGGAAGGCAUCGAGUGGGAAACCAUCGCUUUCAAAGACAACAAACCUAUCUUGGACUUGUUUCUCACUAAGCCCAUUGGAAUCCUUUCUCUCCUGGAUGAGCAGAGUGCCUUUCCUCAGGCGUCAGACAGAGACUUUGUGGACAAGUUGAACAGUAAAUUUAAAAGCAGCCCCCACUAUGAGGUGGUGCGGAGUCAUAGCCCCCUCUUUACUGUGGUUCACUACGCAGGGAAGGUCCAGUAUAAUGGAGGAGGCUUUCUAGAGAAGAACAGAGACACCAUUCCAGCCAGCAUCAGAGGUCUCUUAAUCAACAGUGUCACCCCUCUACUCAGUGUUCUCUUCUCAGCCACAAUCUCCAGGACAGGGACCUUGAUGCCACGCAAAGCAAAGCUCAUGCAAAUGGCAGAUGACAACUUUAACUCCACUAGGAAACAGUCUGUGGGGGCCCAGUUUAAGCAUUCUCUUGCUGUGCUGAUGGAGAAGAUGUUUGCAGCCAGUCCUCACUUUGUCCGCUGCAUCAAACCUAAUGGUAGCAAGCUUCCUGACCUAGUGGACAACAAAAUGAUCAUGGACCAGCUAAGAUACAAUGGCUUGCUGGAAACUAUCAGGAUACGAAGAGAUGGUUUCUCCUGGCGACCCUCAUUCACAGAAUUUGCCCAGAGGUAUAACAUUCUGCUGAUGAAGCCAAAUUUACCACUAACCAAAGAAAGCUGCAUGUCCAUCCUCAACACUGCAGAGAUACAUGGAUGGAAGUCUGGCUCAUCUCGACUGUUUUUUAAGUACUGGCACCAGGAGGAGUUAGCCAGGCAGUUGGAGAGGCUGGGCAAGGCUGCACUUGUCAUCCAAAAAAAUUACCGCGCCCUGCGCUGCAGAAGGAAGUAUCUGGCCCUACUGGCAGAGCUUUACCGACAGAGAAAUGCUCAGAGAGAGAGGGAGGAGAAGGAAAGAGAAGCCAGGGAGGAGGAGGAGGAGGAGAAGAGGAGGAAGGAGGAACUGGAGGAGGAGAUGAGGCGGCGACUCGACAUAGAACAGGAGAACAAAAGGCCUGUAUCUCCACCCGUGCCUCUACCCAGGAAGAAGAAGCCCCAGCCCCGGCCUCGCUCCAUCCUGCCCCCAGCUCCCCACCUGGCCCCUGUCCCCCGGCCCCGGAGUAAACAGUUUGAGGCCACGCCCUUUGACAACCUGGAGGUCCACAUGGAACUGGCUGAGCUGAUUGGCCAGGCAGGCGGAGAGGCGCGGGCCAAGGAGAAAAGCAUAAAGAGGAGGAACACCAUCCGUUGGUUCAAGGAGACGCAGGCCCGCAAGGUGGUUCGGAAUGGAGCCUUCCCUUGCUGGUUCCAUGGCAUGAUCUCACGCAGACAAGCAGAGGACCUGAUGACUGACAGGCCUGUUGGCUGCUUUUUGAUUAGAGUUGGACAGAGUCGGGAGGGCUACACCCUAACAUACAGGGGGGAGAACCGCUGCCGGCACUACAUGAUCGAGAUGCAGUCCAACGGGAAGUAUGUGAUCCUGGGGGAGGACAAGGCCCACGCGUCCUUGACUGACUUGGUGCAGCACCACUGUCAGGUGGGCAUCAAGCCCUUCAAUGAGCUGCUCACCGUGCCCUGUGGACAGACGUGCGAUCAGAACACUGACUAUGAAGACUUGAAGGGCCUGGACCACCUGACUGCAGCUGACCACAGGAGCCCUGGGUCUUGGGAUGAGGUGGAGGAGGGCAUGGCUGGCCCUGACCCAGUGCACCUUAAGCUACAGAGGCUCUUCAUGCCUUCAGGCCAGAGCUCCAGUCUGGAAGCCCAGAGACCUCCUGUCCUCAGGCGGAUAUCUGACGGUAGACACCAUGCCGAGGCUGGAGGAGCGAGGGUCAGAGACGGGGAGGGGGAGAGUCACCCCAAGAGCAGGCCCUUCCCUCGGCUGUAUCCUUCCAUCCGAUUGGCUAUGAGGGAGAUCCAGCAGAUUCAACAGCACUUUUCUGGUGGUCAGGAUCAGAUUCCUUCGGUCUCUCACAGUGCAUCCAAACCAGCUUGGAGCAGGACAGAUUCGUAACUCAUGGGAGAGUGGGAGUUCAUUCAAAGCUGCUAUUUGUUGUUCUUGCCGAACUCCAUGAUUUACCUAGACCAUAUUCGGUCUAAGGUUUUAUGAACAAAUUGGAAGGAGAUUCAUCCUUGUUUACUAGUACUUUUUAUGUUUUUAUUUUACAGCAAUUUUUAUUUAAGGGUAUUUUUGUUUCUGAAUGUCUUGUUUUUUAUUUUUAUUUAAAUGUAAAUUAUGCAGUGGUAAGUUUUACAGUUACCAAUUUAGUGAAUACAUUUGUUUAGAAAUGUUUUAUCUGGUUCUCUCAGAUUUUUUUUACUUGAUAAUAAAAAAACAUUUAAACAUACUGUAUCACUUUGACUCUAAAUAUUAGUCAUCAGUGAGUUUUUUUUCUUUUUACAUUAAAGAAUCAGCCAAUAGUUGUACCGACCUGUUGAGAGGAGGGGUUUGUCAUUAACAUAUAUUUCCAGCCAGUAAGCACAUUUAGUGUAGUUGACAUAAAAGAACUGGCAAACGUGAGUCACACACUUGUACAUACAGUAGAUGAAAACCAACCAGGUUUGACUGCGGCAUAGAUCUAAAUAAACCAGAUACUGGACCCUACACUCCUUGAUGGAUCUCCGGGUUUUGGCUCUCGUGCUGUUUGUCACCAUCUACUCCGUCCAAGGAGCAUUCCCAAAAUGUUGUGCUCAGACAUCCAUGGCAGUUUCUCCCCACAUACUAUAUCAUGUGGAGCGAUAUCAUUUCCAGAACAGCGGUGGAGUAUGUGAGAUCGAUGCCCUCGUAUUACAUGCCAAUGGGAAGAAGUACUGUGUCGACCCAAAACUGAAGAAUGUCCUGAAGAAAGUCAAGCAUGCUCGGAGGAGGCAUAAGCGGAUGUCGUUUGUGAAAUAAGAACGCACGUGCUGCACAGUCUCUUCAGUGCAGCCACCUUCAAAACGUUGAAAAAUGGGUUUAAGUUCUCUUUUUGUCGAUUGACACAAAACAGUUUAACCUUAUAAUAUUCAGACUAAUGUUCAGACAGAUUGUUGCAAAUGCCAUGACUAAAGCAGACUAAAUAAUUAGAUCUUCAUGCAAAUUUCUAUGGAAAUGUUUUCUAUGUUAAAGAAUGUAAAACAAAAGUACUGAAUGCAGCUUUGAUCUCAGAAAUAGGACUGAUUGAAAUAAUAAUUGUGAUAUUUAAUUUACCCCAAUAUUACACUAUUAGUCAAUGGAAAUGUGGUGAAUGACCAGCAGUAACCAUACUAAACUAAAUGCACAUAGAUAGAAUAAACACUAUUUGUCAAACCAAUCAAUUAACAACUUGAUUUUCAGUUUUCAGUGUCUUCACAACAUUUCCACACAUGUCUGUGACACUGUCUUUUUUCAAUGUUCUAUACAGCUUGAAUGCUGACACAAAACAUUUUGAAACUGUAACUGGUUAAAUACAAUUAUAAUUUUGAAAAAGUCAGACUCAAGAACAUUCAUUCUGGCAUUACAAAAUGUAAAUAGGAUCAUUUUGAUCUCAUCUAAAUUAGUUGAAAUGAUAGGAAAUUAAUUGUCACAGAUAAUGGGACAUCCAGGAACAUGCCCACAGCUGGCAGAAUCCAGUGAAGAAGCUGAAUGUAUUUCUUCAUAUACGCGCACCCACACACACUCUCAAUUGACUCCUCCUCAGAAAGAGAAUGUCAAAGGGGAGGGAAACAAUACCCACAUCAAAUCACUCCCGUAAGGAAACUAUCAUCUGGCAGCUGAAUUUAUCUGCUUUGUUUUUUUGAAAGCCCUGUCAUUUUGUCCCUGAGCCAGACACCCUAAUUGCUCCCAGUCUGUUGCUGUAAACAAUCUUUUUUCUUUUUUUUACGUAAUGACAUUAAACAAAAAAGGGGAGAUAAAAUAUUACACUUUUCUUUGUAGAAAACACACUUUUGUAGAAAAAACAAGCAAAAGAGGAAGAAAUAAACAUUUAUCAAGUAUCAUGCAAGUUAGAUCGCAGGAACAAGCAGUGGAGUGCUGUGCCCUCUGCAGUUUCAUAUCUGUCACAAUGGAAAUGUAUCAAGAAAAAUCCUAUGUAAUCUCAUUUUGGAAUAGUAAAAUCUGUAGAAAAUCUUA